AUGCCGAGCCGAGGUCACUACCUCAAGUCCUCUCUACUCUAUGAAUGUCCAUCACUCAGCAGUGCAUCGACGCCCCCUGAAGAGCCAACGUACCCAACCGGCACCAAAUUCUGGUUCAUAACAAUCACACUCUGGGUCAUACUCAUUCUAGGUGGUCUCGACGCUAACAUCGUCGCCACUGCCGUACCCAGCAUCACCGACGAAUUCAAGACCGUGACGGACGUGGGCUGGUACUCAUCCGCCUUCAGGCUCUGCUCGUGCGCAUUCCAAUUCGGGUUUGCGAAGGCAUAUCGACUGUUUCCGAUCAAAGGGGUGUUGAUAUUCAACAACAUUAUCUUCCUGAUCGGGGCGAUGACCUGCGCUUUGGCACCUUCGUCGAUUGUAUUUAUCCUCGGACGGGCCCUGUCAGGGGUUGGAUUUGCGGGCGAAAUGUCGGGUUGCUUUGCAGUCUUGGUGCAUAUUGUACCGCUGCAUAGGAGGCCAUUGUUUGCUGGCUUGAUGGCGGCCAUGGAGUCAUGUGCUAUAAUAAGUGCGCCGAUUAUUGGGGGGGCAUUGACGCAGUCCGUGGGGUGGAGAUGGUGUUUCUGGAUAUCACUGCCCAUUGGCGGCAUAGCACUUAUGCUUCUCGUCUUCAUCUUCUCAGACCCUAGAACGUGCGUUGAAGAUAAUCUCACGCUGGCAGAGAAGAUCAAAGAGCUGGAUCUCGUCAGUAACUGUCUCCUAAUUCCUUGCUUGACAACUCUUUUUGUCACUCUGUCUUGGGCAGGAGUGAAGUAUCCGUGGUCGGAUGGGAGAGUGAUAGGGCUCUUCGUCGUAUCCGUCGUUCUGCUCACAGCUUUCCUAUACAACCAAUACCGCCGCGGAGACUCUGCCGUCCUUCCCUUCCGAAUCAUCAAGAACCGCACCGUAAUGGCGGGAUUCUUCUUCACAAUGUGCACAAACUCCAUGACUAAUGUCCUGGAAUGGUACCUUCCAAUAUACUAUCAGAUUGUACAGAAUAAGUCUCCAGCCAGCAGCGGCUACCUCAUGGCCCCCAUCCUUGCCGGCAUGCUGAUAGGCCUCGUUCUGCAAGGUAUCGGCACCACAACAUUCGGCUACUGGUCACCCUUCAUGAUCUUCGCCUCCAUCCUCAUGCCCAUCGCCGCAGGCCUCAUCACCACCUACGACCUUAACACCUCCUUCGCUAAAUUCAUCAUAUACCCAGGCCUGCUCGGCUUCAGUGGCGGGAUUGGGUUCCAAGGGCCCCAAGCAGCCGUCCAGGUCAUGCUCAGUGCAGCCGACAUCAAUCUAGGCAUUGGCAUCAUUUUGUUCGGGCAGAGCAUCGGGCCAGCCGUGUUCAUUGCGAUUGCACAAGUCAUUUUUUCAAAUGAGCUUACCCGUAGGCUGCAGGAUGUUGUGCCUGGGUUGACGCCGGCAUAUAUCGCGCAGACAGGGCUGAAUGGGAUCAUGGAUGGGGUGGCUCCUGAAAGACUUGUAGAGGUAUUGGAGGGAGUGAGUAAGAGCUUGACUACGACGUGGUCUCUGGCUAUUGCACUUGGAUGUGCCACUAUGGUGGGAAGUCUACUUAUACCAUGGCGGUCUGUGAGAGAGAAGAAACAGUGAUGCCGUUGACCAGUGAUCAAUCCAGAGUAAGCGCUGUUUAUUUUGAUGAGAAG